CCUUGGUAUUUGGCGGAUUUUUUUGAAAACUGGAGAUGAAAAAUAUUUUAUCGGCCAUCAUAAUUUUACAUGGUGUGACGAAUCUGACGAUAGUAGCAGGCAUAGGAAACGUUACAGCUAACGAACGUCUCCUUGCGGAAUUGUUUGAAAAUUAUGACAAUGCAGUUAGACCAGUUAAGAACGCAUCGAUGCCAAUCGUGGAAAAGUUUGGAAUUGCCCUCAAACAGAUCAUAGAUUUGGACGAAACAAGCCAGAUCCUAACAACCAGCGUAUGGAUGAGGCAGUAUUGGAAAGACGAGCACUUCAUCUGGAAUCCGAUUGACUAUGACGAUAUUGAGCUUAUACAUGUACCUUACAAAAAGAUGUGGGUGCCAGACAUUAUUCAAUACAACAGUGCAGCUGAUGAAACCAAGCCAAUGUUCGAAGAUAUCGUAGUGUACGUGACGUAUGAUGGUAACGUGACGUUUCUGUAUCCUGCCAUCUAUCAUACAUUCUGCGGAAUAGAGAUACGAAACUUCCCGUUUGACGAGCAGACAUGUGAACUAAAGUUUGGAUCCUGGGCAUAUGACGGGCUGUCUCUUGAACUUAGUUUACGCGAUCACUCUCCAGCGGAUCUCUCAAAUUAUAUUAUGAAUUCAGAAUGGGGUCUUGUAGAAAUGACAGCGGAGAGCAACGUCAUGCGUUAUGGUUGCUGUCCCAACCCGUAUUACAACGUUAAGUUCUUCAUAACAAUCAGACGUAAGCCCAAUUAUUACGUUUUCUACCUUUUGUUUCCAAACAUCAUGAUAGCGAUGUUGACGUGUACACAGUUUUAUCUCCCGUGUGAUUCGACAGAACGAAUUACUCUUGGAACAACUAUAUUUCUGUCGUUGACGGUGUAUCUCUUGUUGCUUGCCAGACUCUUGCCAGCUGGAGAAGUCAUUCCACUCAUUGGAGAGUAUUUUGCCAUCACAAUCGGUCUUGUAACUGCUUCAUUGUUGGCGACUUUCGGGAUUCUACAUAUACACUUCAACGGUUCCCAUGACAACCACACGGAAAUGCCACAUAUCAUUAGAAUGAUAUUUCUUCAUAAUAUAGCUCGAUUCAUGUGUUUGAGUAAACAAAUUACUUCCGAUGAGGAACAUAAGUCUAAAUUGACGGAAUAUGAGAGCGAAUUGAAACCUGUCCUUAGUACGACUCAAAACGCAGUACUCUCGUCAUUCCUGGACAUCUCCAAAUCAAAGUCGAGAGCGGGUUCCUUACAUGACCAACACAGUGAAUGUCGUCCAAACGUAACGUCAGUAGCAGAACUUAAGACGGAAAUACCAAGGCGACAUUCUCUUUCUCCCGAACCAACUACCACGCAAACAGCAAUAUUAGAUAAAAGCCAAGGGGGUGAACCGAGGGCCGCUCACAAAGCCUCCAUUGCAGAGUCAAUAAUAUUACAUGAUUCUAAAUCUGAGGAACUUCAUAUCGAGUCGAAAUUGGAGAAAAACUUCUUGCUAUCUCGAAUCUUGUCAAAUAUGGAAGAAACCAAAGAAAGAAUAAGUGCUGAGGAUAAAGACAAUGAGGUGAAACUGGAGUGGCAACAACUUGCGAUGGUUCUCGACAAACUUCUCCUGUAUUGCUUCGUAUUUAUUAUGCUGAUCGCCACCAUCGUCACAUAUGGCCAAGUACCAAAAUAUGAGAAGCCUAUCCUUAAGUGAACCUAUUGUAUAGGACUGAUAGCAGUUUGGCUCCUAUUACUUUCCUUCUAAUAGAUUCCUCAAAUCACUUGCAAUUAGCUUUUUCGAUAUGUUGUACUGGCCAUUUUGAAAUAGACUAAAAUUGAUUUAAGUAGUU